GCUGCCGGGGCGAGGCGGAGCGGGAAGGCAGGAAGAGAGAGGUGAUCGGGGCAGAGCAGGAGCGGGAGACCAUGUCCGGGCGGCCCAGGACCACCUCCUUCGCGGAGAGCUGCAAGCCGGUGCAGCAGCCCUCGGCCUUCGGCAGCAUGAAAGUUAGCCGAGACAAAGAUGGCAGCAAAGUGACUACAGUAGUGGCAACUCCUGGACAAGGUCCGGACCGACCACAAGAAGUUAGCUACACAGACACCAAGGUGAUUGGAAAUGGAUCUUUUGGUGUUGUGUAUCAAGCCAAACUCUGUGAUUCAGGAGAGCUUGUGGCCAUUAAGAAAGUCCUGCAGGAUAAAAGAUUUAAGAACCGAGAGCUCCAGAUUAUGAGAAAGUUGGAUCAUUGUAACAUUGUCCGAUUGCGUUAUUUCUUCUACUCUAGCGGAGAGAAGAAAGAUGAGGUGUACCUCAACUUGGUGCUGGACUAUGUUCCUGAAACAGUAUACAGAGUUGCCAGACAUUAUAGUCGGGCCAAACAGACACUCCCUAUGAUUUAUGUCAAGUUGUACAUGUAUCAGCUGUUCCGGAGUUUAGCCUAUAUCCAUUCCUUUGGGAUCUGCCACCGGGAUAUAAAACCACAGAACCUCUUGCUGGACCCUGAUACAGCUGUUCUAAAACUCUGCGACUUUGGAAGUGCAAAACAGCUGGUUCGUGGAGAACCUAAUGUCUCAUACAUCUGCUCUCGGUACUACAGGGCACCAGAGUUGAUCUUUGGAGCCACCGAUUAUACCUCCAGUAUAGAUGUGUGGUCAGCAGGCUGUGUAUUGGCUGAACUGUUACUAGGACAACCAAUCUUUCCAGGUGACAGUGGUGUGGAUCAGCUGGUGGAAAUAAUCAAGGUUCUGGGCACGCCUACAAGGGAGCAAAUUAGAGAAAUGAAUCCAAACUAUACUGAAUUCAAAUUCCCUCAGAUUAAGGCACAUCCAUGGACUAAGGACUCGUCAGGAACAGGACAUUUCACCUCAGGAGUACGGGUCUUCCGGCCCCGCACUCCACCAGAAGCAAUUGCGCUAUGUAGCCGUCUGUUGGAGUACACCCCCACUGCCCGCCUGACUCCCCUGGAGGCCUGUGCGCACUCUUUCUUCGAUGAACUACGGGACCCAAAUGUCAAGUUACCAAAUGGGCGAGAGAAACCUGCACUCUUCAAUUUCACCACUCAAGAACUGUCGAGUAACCCAUCUCUGGCUUCGAUCCUCAUCCCUGCUCAUGCCCGGAACCAAGCAGCUGCUUCAACCCCUACAAAUGCUACAGCAGCCUCAGAUGUUAACGCAGGAGAACGAGUUCAGACCAAUAGUGUAGCUACAGCAUCAGCCUCCAACUCCACCUGAACCGGUACCAAGCAGCCAGCUGCACAGGAAAAAUCACCAGUAAUUUGAGUCUUGCUCAGCAACACUGGUCACAUUUGGAAAGAAAAUUAAAAAGAGGAAAAAAAAAAAAACAACAAACCAACCAACCUGUUCAUUUUAGUGUUCAAUUUUUUAUUAUUAUUAUUGUUGUUCUUAUUUAACCUUGUAAAAUAUCUAUAAAUACAAACCAGUUUCAUUGUAUUCUCACUCUGCAGGGUGUCCGGGGCAGGGGACUAGGUGGGGGGAGGAGGGAAAGCGGAGCAAUACAACACACCGAUGUCUCUCCCCUCGACAAUCUCUUCAUGUUGGAAGUUUGCUGUUGUGUACUUCAGAACCAGGACUCUUGCCUCAUGCCCCCUCCCACAACAGAAAGAAGGAAAAAACAAAACAAAACAAAACAAAAAAACCCAAACCUCAUUCUCUGCUGAAGUUCUGUUUUUUUAACCUCUUUUUUUAUUUUCUUUUUAAGUGAAGUUUCGGACUUUGAUGUAGUGCACAGCUUGAAUUUGGUCGGGAGCUUAGCAGGGGUCAUUCAACAGAGCUCAGCGUUUCUUGUCAGCGAAUCCAUAUCCCAGGUUGUCUGAAGAACUGCCCCGGCUCGGUAUGGGGAGCGGGCGACGUGGUAGGAAAAUAGG